AUGCAAGUGGAGACAGUGGAUGUUUCAACACAAGAAAGUAACAAGAAGAAAAAUGCUCUCUCAGUGCUAGCUCUCAAAACAGCAGCUCUCUUGAACUGGAACUUAGAAAUCUUUGAGCAAAAAUGCCACUGCAUAUGCAAGAAUGCACUCCUUAUUGCACUUCUUCAUGAAACUCUGGAGGAGCUGAGCAGUCCAACAACACACGGGACCUUGGACACUGGACCCUUGCUGCCUUACCAACUGUUCAAGUGUUGCUUUGUAUCAUCGCUGGCUCUUAGAGCACUUGUCCAGGCUAUGUUGCCAGCCAAGCCUUUCAAGGUCUCCAAUGUUCCAAUUCCAGGACAGCAGGAUCCGACCCAUGAGUCUCAUGAAGUUCAAGAGGGUAUAUUAAGUGUGCUGGAGAGAGGAGGAGAUGUGUCAGUCAGGAUCCUUGAGCAGUUGCUUGGAGCAGGAGAGGUUCGUGCACCGGUGUUAUCUACCUUCACAGUGCACACCCACCAUACUACCACCAUAACUCACUCCUGGGAACGCUGCAAGUCUGUAGCUGACGAACAGUUUAAAUGUCAGGUUGGUUUUAAUGUAGGUUGCUAUCACUUCCUCCCAGGAGAGAAUAUGAAGAUGCAUAAUUCACACUUUUCUGAAGCUUGCAAACUGUUGCCUGAAUUGGGAUCCCACGCAGAAUAUUGCCAAAUGAAUGAGAGCAAGCUUAGGGGAUACUACAAGAGUUGUGCAUCUCUCUGCAGCCAGUCAACACCUUUAGAGCAGAGGUCACUCUAUGACAGGUUCUUGUACUCUCUGGGCAAUGAAUAUCAGGUGAAGACACUCAACACUGUUCGAAAUGUAAUAGAAGGAGACUUGUGGAACAGCAAUUUUCCUGUUGGCUUGGCUCAAGGUGGCAAGCCAGGAGUACAGUUUCUGGUUCAGGUUCUGGCUGCUAAGUUUUCAAAACUUACUAACUCCCAUAAAGAAAGGAUACGCUUGUUCUUGAUGACACUUAACCUAACCUCAAACAUUAAAGAAGUGCUCAUCCCAGCUAUCAAAAUGUGUCCUCCUCUCAAAGCUCUUUUCUCACAAGAGGAGCUGCUGGCAAUGUGGCCACAACAUGAAGAAACACGACAAUGUGCAGCUAAGACAUCCAAUGCUGCUUUUACAGGUAUAGUGGAUAGUGAUUCAGAAAUGGAGCUCUACGGAAAUGAGACAAAGUAUCUUAAGAUACCUUACAUCUUUGAUGUUUUGGGAGUUUACCUACAUCCAAAGCCUCCUGGGCCAGAUUUGUCUAGUGCUUGCCUGAUCAACCAGGCUGUUGCUGCUAGUGGCCAAAAGUGUGAGGGAAAACUCCAAGAACAACACUGA